AUGAAACUUUCAUUGUAUUUUGUUGUUGUAACUUUCGCGAAGUUCUGUUUAUGUGAUCAAGAUUGUUUUCAAAUUCGCGAUGCGAUCUCUCGUCCAUUUCACAAAAUUAAAAACUGCGCGCAAUCAAUUCGUCCAACCAUUGCAAAGGUGCGGGUUCGAACCGUUGCACAAUGCGCGGAAUAUGCUGUUAAAAAACGUGGGUUUGCGUUCAAUUGGCAACGUAAAGGUUCAAGAAGCAAACCUGAAGCAAAUUGCGAAAUUUUAGACUGUCUUACUUCACCGUCCUCCUUAAUUGAUGAUUCAGAUUUCGAUUACCAUAGCAUUUAUGGGCGAUCAAUACAUUCAAAACGGCAUACUUUUUCAGUUGGUGUGUGUGUCGGGGGACUCGGCGUAUUUACAAUUUUGGAAAAGAAAAUGAAUUACACAAGUGCAGUUGAAACAUGCCAAAGUCUUGGUGGGGAUCUCGCCAACAUUGCGAGCUCGUCACGCACCCGGGAACUUUCAAAACUUCUUAAUGAAAAACUAACAGACUGGUACAAAGUAGCCUAUGUUGGUUUAUACAUUGACGCGGACGGGACCAGCUUCAUUACUCCAGAAGGCGUUUCCUUAGACUGUUUCACAUUUAGAGCAUGGGGACCAGGUCAACCGAGGUUUAAAAAUACCCAAAGAUGUGUUGUUCUCGAUUCAAACGGUUUUUGGAAAUUAUUUAAUUGUUCAACACCUUUAGCCGCUGUAUGUGAAAUAUUUCCGGUGCCGCCUUCUGUUUUAUGCGCCCUAACAGCAACCAAGGAGAAUCUUACAUGUUUACAUCAAGGACAUUUGACUCAGUGUUCUGCAAAAAAUAUGUCCAGACUGUCGCGAUCAACGGUACUAUAG